AACCUUAUUACCAACGUAAACUCAAAGAUCAGGAUGUGUGACCUUAAAGACAAGGUAGUGUUGAUCAGCGGCGGGGCCAACGGCGUCGGCUCGGGCGUUGUAAGGCUACUGAUGGAAGAAAAAGUUCAGCAUGUAGCCAUACUAGAUAUAGCUAAAGAUGCGGGCGAAGCUUUCCAAGACGAAUUGAACGCGAAGUAUGGCCGCGAUAAAGUGAAGUUCCACCUGUGUGACGUCACCGAUGAAGAAGUGUUCUUAGGCAUCAUGGCCGAUGUCAACAACACACGUGGCCACAUAGACGUGGUCAUCAACAAUGCCGCGAUCAUGAAUGACAGCUGGCAGACGUAUAAGAAGCAAAUAUCUAUUAAUGUGACGUCUCUCGUAACCGGUUCUCUACGAGCCUUGGAAAUGAUGCGUCGCGACGAAGGUGGGAGGGGUGGCACCAUCAUCAACAUGUCAUCCGUGGCUGCGCUGUGCCAGCAACCAACGCUGCCAGUCUAUUGGGCUACCAAGAGCGCGGUCCUGCAAUUCAGCAACUGCCUUGGAAUGGAGGAUCACUACAGCAGAUCGGGCGUACGAGUGAUUACCGUAUGCCUUGGCGUUACCGAUACGGGGCUACUCACGCCACAGAAGACAGGCCGCUUCGACAAGUACUUCGAAGCUCAAUACGGGGAAAUAUUUCCCGUGAUGAGAUUACAGAAGCAAGUUCUAAUUUCUUGUUUUAUUUUCAGGAUGGAAUCAGCAGCCAAAGGAAUUGUAGAAGCCUGCAAACGCGGAGAGAGCGGCAGUACGUGGUUGGCCACUCGAGAUGAGCCCGUUAAAGAUAUCACUGAAGACGUCAGGAAGGCUUAUGAUAUACUAGCUGUACAUGCCAUGCCAUAGUUUCGUAAUACAAUAAAACAUUUAAUCUUA